CGCGCGGCGCCGCCCGGCCUGCGGUGCCCGGAGGUGGCGGCCCGGUCCUGUCAUGGCGUCUGGCAGCGACACCGAGGAGUUCUACGAUGCGCCCGAGGAUGUGCAUUCUGCGGGUUCCCCCGCGCCGUCACCAACAAAAAUUGGAACCCAUGUAGUAAAGGAUAUGGACAAUAAACUACACAAAGCUGGAAAUGAAACAUUUGUACGAGAAAUGAAACAAGAUGAUUCAAAAGAGAUUAUUGACAGUAUUAUAGAAGAAAGCCAGAAGGCCCAACAACUAGAGGAUGAUUCUUUAGCUUCUAGAGGAAAGGAAUUUACUCUUCCAACUUCAGAUGCAAAUUCUUGGAUUUCUGGAGCAGGUAUCAUUAGUGAUAUCCCAGAAGUACUAGUUACUAAAAUGCCAUUACCAGAAGACACUAGAGAACCAGAGGAUCAGAGUGUGUGUAAGGAUGCUGAAUUGGAGUCUGGGAAGCUUUUGUUUAGUUCUGACCAACAGGAAUCUCAUAAACUAACAAAAAUAACAAAUGCAACUGACCAUAAAAUGGAUGAAACUGAAGCACAAGGAGAAACAUCAAAAAAAGAGCACAUAACAGACAAGAAAGAGGCAAAUACUUUGGAAAAAGUGGCUUCAGAUUUAUCUGCCAAAGACCUUUCUACAACAGAAGAAAUGCCCCCAGCAAAACCACCAAGGCAGCUGACUGUAGAGCCUGACAUAGUUUCGAGCACAAAGAAGCCUGUCCCAGCCCGGCCCCCGCCUCCCACGAAUGUUCCUCCCCCAAGACCACCCCCUCCUGCACGGCCAGCUCCACCUCCCCGGAAGAAGAAGAGUGAACUGGAUUUUGAAGUACAAAAACCUGUUUUAGAAGUUUCUCGAGACAGCUUCACAGCUGGUGGUCUUUUAACUUCAAGUUCAGUGACAGAGGGUGUGCCCAAAGAUUCGCAGCCUUCCUUGGAUUUGGCCAGUGCAACUAGUGGAGAUAGAAUCGUCACUGCACAGGAAAAUGGGAAAGCAGCUGACAGCCAAACAACAAAUGAAGUACUUGGACCACAAAGACCCAGGUCUAACUCUGGCAGAGAGCUCACAGAUGAGGAAAUUCUAGCAAGUGUAAUGAUAAAAAACCUUGAUACAGGUGAAGAAAUACCUCUGAGUUUGGCAGAAGAAAAGUUGCCAGCAGGCAUUAAUCCCCUGACUUUGCAUAUCAUGAGGAGAACUAAAGAAUACGUCAGUAAUGAUGCAGCACAGUCUGAUGAUGAAGACAAAAUGCAGACACAGCAAACUGACACCGAUGGAGGGAGGUUAAAACAGAAAACGACUCAACUGAAGAAGUUCCUUGGCAAAUCUGUAAAGAAAGCAAAGCACCUUGCUGAAGAAUAUGGUGAACGUGCUGUAAAUAAGGUUAAGAGUGUUCGAGAUGAAGUCUUUCACACAGAUCAAGACGAUCCCUCUUCCAGUGAUGAUGAAGGGAUGCCCUAUACAAGACCAGUUAAGUUCAAAGCAGCACAUGGCUUCAAGGGACCUUAUGAUUUUGAACAAAUUAAAGUUGUUCAGGAUCUCAGUGGAGAGCAUAUGGGUGCUGUUUGGACAAUGAAAUUUUCUCACUGUGGUCGAUUACUGGCAUCUGCAGGGCAGGACAACGUAGUAAGGAUAUGGGUUUUAAAGAAUGCCUUUGACUAUUUCAAUAACAUGCGCAUGAAGUACAACACAGAAGGACGUGUCUCCCCUUCUCCCUCUCAGGAGAGCCUGAAUUCUUCCAAGUCUGAUACCGAUGCAGGGAUUUGCAGUGGAGUUGAUGAAGACCCAGAUGAUAAAAAUGCCCCAUUUCGUCAACGACCAUUUUGCAAAUACAAAGGCCACACAGCAGAUCUUCUUGAUCUUUCCUGGUCUAAAAAUUACUUCUUGCUUUCUUCUUCUAUGGAUAAAACUGUCAGAUUAUGGCACAUAUCAAGAAGAGAAUGUCUUUGCUGUUUCCAGCAUAUAGACUUUGUCACUGCUAUAGCUUUCCAUCCAAGGGACGACAGGUACUUUUUAAGUGGUUCAUUGGAUGGAAAACUCCGACUCUGGAACAUUCCUGACAAAAAGGUGGCAUUAUGGAAUGAAGUAGAUGGGCAGACAAAGUUGAUUACAGCUUCCAACUUCUGUCAGAAUGGCAAAUAUGCAGUCAUAGGCACCUACGAUGGAAGAUGCAUCUUUUAUGACACAGAGCACUUGAAGUAUCACACACAAAUACAUGUGCGUUCUACCAGAGGUCGAAAUAGAGUUGGAAGAAAAAUUACUGGCAUUGAACCUUUGCCAGGAGAAAAUAAGAUACUAGUAACAUCAAAUGAUUCCAGAAUCAGGUUGUAUGACCUAAGAGAUCUGUCUCUGUCUAUGAAGUACAAAGGUUAUGUCAACAGCAGCAGCCAAAUCAAAGCCAGCUUUAGCCAUGACUUUACCUACAUUGUAAGUGGUUCAGAAGAUAAAUAUGUCUACAUUUGGAGUACAUACCAUGACCUGAGCAAGUUUACAUCUGUAAGAAGAGACCGAAAUGACUUUUGGGAAGGCAUUAAAGCGCACAAUGUGGUCGUCACCUCUGCAAUCUUUGCUCCAAAUCCUGGUUUGAUGGUGUCACUGGAAACUUUUGAAAAGCAAGAAGCUGAAAGCAAGGGAGAAGAUUGUGAGAUAUCAGACACCAUACCUUCUGGAGCUCUCAAGACAGAUCACACAGAAGUGCUUUUAUCAGCUGAUUUUACUGGAGCAAUUAAAGUCUUCAUUAACAAAAAGAAAUAUGUAUCUUAGUUGCUUUGCAACUGACAGUAUAAAGCUAUGGUACUGCGUGAUUAAAAUUCCAUAAAUAAUGCAGGCAAAAGCAAAGUAUCUAAUAUAAUAAUGUUACAGGCUGAUUUAUUUUUAAAUCUUUAUUUUAAGGCUACUCAAAUAUUGGAUCCUUGGAAAGCAGUGUGCCUAUUAACACCUGGGCUUGUAGGAUAAAAAGGAAUGUGUAAGAAUAAUCCUGCCAAACAUUCAACUUUGAACUUUCUACAAACAGUUGUUUUGCAAUGUCAUUGUGAACCUGCACAGGUUUCUGCACAAAACCACGUUUGCACAUGUGUGUGCCUUUUGGAUAUAUGCAUGAAUUGGAACCUGUAUCAAAAGCAUUUUAGUGGUGCUUGUGGCCACUAGGUGUCAGGAACUGGGGUCGGAAGGGAAGGCUGGAAAAAUGCUGAAUAAUGUAGUCUGAUCUUUGCACAAAAUUCCAUUUGAGAAAGACCUUGAAUUCAUAGUAGCUAAUAUUCAGAGUUUUAAGUUAUGCAAGUUUUUGAUGGAUCAGCAACCAUGUGUAAAUGUUUUUUAUAAAUUUCUCAACUUCAAGACGUGAAUUUUUUUUUUGUUGGCUUUUAGCUGUUGUGGACUUUAGAUUCCUGUCCUAGGGUAACUUUAUGAUGCCUGUAUCCCCAAUCGUCUGUUCUGUUUGUGCUGUAUAUUGAGUCCUGUGCCUUUAAGACUGGUUCUAAGAGCAAGGAGAAGCACGGAGUUUGUUUUGAGAAAACUGCCUGACUCCUCCACAUUCUUCUGCGGACAGCGUGUUCGGCGGAGGCUUGGAGAGACUGCAGGACAGAGAUUUUUUUUUCUUUGCUUUUAGUUAGUUUCAGCUAGCUAGGGCAGAGAAUUUCCCUGGACUGUUUUUUUUCCUUUUUCUUGGAACUGUUUAAACCUGCUCUGGACUGAAAACCCAGGGGAGCACUGGGGGCUGCACCUGCGGCCCACCGGGGCCUGGACCUCGGCAUUUUCCAGCAGCGCCGGAGAGACUGGGACUGAGGAGACACUGAGAGAGAGCCGAGCUAUACCCACGGCAAGGACUUUCUCAAUUUGCCAUCUCACUUCAGAAGGAGAGGUUUUAUUGUUUCAUACUAUUCAUUCUUUAUACUUGUAUGCACCUCAUUUGUUUAGUAAAAUAGUUUUUUCCACUUUUCUCCAAAGAGGGUUUUGGUUUUUUUUUUCCGGACCGGUUGGAGGGAGGGGCCACGUGGGUUUGCUUCCUUAGAGGGAUCCUAUACAGGGGUUUUCUCCCAAAUUUGUCCCAAACCAGGACAUAUUUCUAACUGGCGCCCACUGCGGGGCACGAGAGAGUGGAAAAAACUUGUAUUGAUUAUUAUUAACUGCAUUUUUUGGUUGUCCUUUGGGUGGGGAUUAAACAGUCAGUGGCCAUGUUGCUUCUUGAAUUCCUAAUGUCUCUUAGAAUGGAGUCUUUUCUGCAUUUCUGUUCCCUAGGCUUUUUUGAGGUUUUAAUACCUUUCUGGUCCCUAGGUUUGUUUUCUUACCCAGAAAUAGCUCCAAUAUUGUCCCUAACAUACAGCUUUUACACUAGGGAUGCACAAAUUAGAAUAGUUAUUUUGCUGGGUUCGGUGAUUAUGGUUUACAAGAAGCUUAUAAAGAUACUGGAGUUUGUUCUGGGUAUGUUCAGUUUAUGGUUUUUUCGUCCUACCCUGCGUCCUAGUUCCAGCAGCAUGUUUUGGGGAUUUAUCAACAAUUGCACCCAGUUUGUUAGAGGAGGAGUAGGGGAUGAGGCUCUUCAGCCUCUUCUUUCCUUCUUCUCUUUUGAGUCAGUUACAUCACUUUUGGAGAAGGUUCAGCGUCUCCUGAAUGUUAAAGACACCACUUUCCUGGUAUUUCACCUGGUGACUUUCCUCUAUAUGGUUUAUAGCUUUUCUAGAAUGAGUCACACACUGCUAAACACUGUAGAGCAGCAAAUAGAGGCAAGGGAGCAGGGAGAUAAAUCAGUCACUCAGGCUGCAGCUAAACCAGACAGUGAGGCUAAGACACUGGCAGUUGCUGCAGUAAAGAAGGGAAAGAAGCACACGGACAAAACCGAUCGACCAGUAGACGAUGAUUCAGGUGAAGGAUCCUCAAUGCCUCCUGACACCCAGUCAGGAGUCAAACCACCUGACACACAAUCAGAAGCUGAAGCAACUGAUGAUACACAGUCAGAAGCCGAACCAACUGAUACAAAAUCGGAAGCCAAAUCAACUGGCACAAGAUCGGGAGCCCAACCAACUGCUGCAAGAGCAGGAGCCCGACCAACUGCUGCAAGAGCAGGAGAUACUAUUGAGUCCUUUUCCCUAAAGGACCUUCGUGGCCUAAGAAAGGAUUAUACUUGACGACCUGAUGAAUCUAUAAUUAGUUGGUUAGUCCGUCUCUGGGAUGCUGCAGGCGAGGCUACAAUACUGGAUGGCACUGAAGCGAGACAUCUGGGAUCCCUGUCACAUGAUCCAGUUAUUGACCAAGAAAUGAUGAGGGAGGCUAGUCCUUGCAGCCUCUGGGAACGGGUCCUGGGAAGUGUGGCACAAAGAUAUCUGUGUGCUGACGAUCUCUAUAUGCAGCAAACCCAGUGGAAAACCACUGAACAAGGAAUCCAGCGCUUGAGGGAAAUGGCAGUGGCGGAGAUUGUCUUCUCAGAUGACAUAAACACUAGGAACCCCGACUUGGUACCAUGUACACCUGUGAUGUGGCGAAAACUUGUACGACUUGGGCCACAAGAAUACUCCUCUGCUUUAGCAAUAAUGAAGCGGGAUGAGACAGAGGAGACUGUGCUUGAUAUGGCGAAGAAGCUCCGAACAUAUGCAGAUGCUGUGCAUGGUCCAACACAUGCAAGAAUUGCAGCUCUGGAAACACAGGUGCGGGGAUUAGCAGACAAGAUGGAGGAGAAUCACAAAGAACUCAAGGAGGACAUUCUCCAGAUCUCUGCAGUACAAGUUAGGGGCUCUGGCACCACACGCAAACGUUCCCUAGAUAGAGAGGGAAAAGGCAUCCCACGGGCUAAGCUGUGGGUCCUCCUGCGUGAAUGUGGAGAAAACAUGAAAAGAUGGGAUGGAGAAUCUACUGAUGCUAUGACACGACGGCUGCAUGAAUUGUUGGAUGGCAAGACUAUGAGAGGAAGUUCCAGCAAGAAGGAAGCAGCUCCGGCUACCCAGGGAAAUAAGGAUAAUCAGGCUUAGAGGGGCCCUGCCUCUAGCCAGGUAGAGGCUAGGGAAAACCGUGUAUUUUGGACUGUGUGGAUUCGUUGGCCUGGCACAUCAGAACCACAAAAAUAUGAGGCCUUAGUUGACACUGGUGCACAGUGCACAUUACUUCCAUCAAGACAUGUGGGGGAAGAAUCUGUUUCCAUUGCUGGGGUGACAGGGGGUUCACAAGAUUUUACUUUGGUGGAGGCUGAUGUGAGCCUGACUGGAAAUGAGUGGAAGAGAUACCCUAUUGUGACUGGCCCAGAAGCUCCAUGUAUUUUGGGCAUAGACUUCCUCCGAAAUGGGUAUUUCAAAGACCCAAAGGGAUUUAGGUGGGCAUUCGGGAUAGCAGCUGUAGAGACAGAGGGUGUUAAGCAGUUGAAUACCUUGCCUGGACUAUCAGAGAACCCAUCUGCAGUAGGUCUUCUGAGGGUGGAAGAGCAACAAGUGCCAAUUGCCACUUCAAUAGUGCAUCGCCAACAGUACAGAACAACUCGAGAUGCUGUGAUCCCCAUCCACAAGAUGAUCCGUGAGCUGGAGAGCCAAGGGGUGGUCAGCAAAGCCCACUCACCCUUCAACAGCCCCAUCUGGCCUGUGCGCAAGUCUGACAGAGAAUGGAGAUUGACUGUGGACUACCGUGCCUUGAACGAAGUGACUCCACCAUUGAGUGCUGCUGUGCCGGACAUGCUGCAACUCCAGUACGAGCUGGAGUCCAAGGCAGCAAAGUGGUAUGCCACAAUUGACAUUGCUAAUGCAUUUUUCUCCAUUCCUCUGGCUGCAGAAUGCAGGCCUCAGUUUGCUUUCACCUGGAGGGGCGUGCAGUACACCUGGAACCGACUGCCCCAGGGGUGGAAACACAGCCCCACCAUCUGCCAUGGACUGAUCCAGGCUGCACUGGAAAAGGGUGAGGCUCCGGAACAUCUACAGUACAUCGAUGACAUCAUUGUGUGGGGAAACACAGCAAUGGGAGUGUUUGAGAAAGGAGAGAAGAUCAUCCACAUUCUCCUGAAGGCUGGCUUCGCUAUCAAGAAGGGCAAAGUUAAGGGACCUGCUCGAGAGAUCCAGUUUCUGGGAGUAAAGUGGCACGAUGGAAGGCGUCAGAUUCCCACUGAAGUCAUCAACAAGAUCACAGCAAUGUGCCCACCAACUAACAAAAAGGAAACACAAGCUUUCCUAGGCGCCAUAGGUUUCUGGAGGAUGCACAUUCCUGAGUACAGCCAGAUUGUGAGCCCUCUCUACCUGGUCACCCGCAAGAAGAAUGAUUUCUACUGGGGCCCUGAACAGCAACAAGCCUUUGCCCAGAUCAAGCAGGAGAUCGCUCAUGCGGUAGCCCUUGGCCCAGUCAGGACGGGAUCAGAUGUGAAGAACGUGCUCUACUCAGCAGCCGGGAACAAUGGCCUGUCCUGGAGCCUUUGGCAGAAGGUGCCUGGGGAGACUCGGGGCCGACCACUGGGAUUCUGGAGCCGAAGCUACAGAGGGUCCGAAGCCAACUACACUCCAACAGAGAAGGAAAUCUUGGCUGCCUAUGAAGGAGUUCAAGCUGCCUCAGAAGUAGUAGGGACUGAAACACAACUCCUGCUGGCACCUCGACUACCAGUGCUGGGAUGGAUGUUCAAAGCAGAAGUUCCCUCUACCCACCAUGCCACCAAUGCCACAUGGAGCAAAUGGAUUGCCCUCAUCACUCAGCGCGCCCGUAUUGGAAACCCAAAUCGCCCUGGGAUUUUGGAGAUAAUUACAAACUGGCCGGAAGGUGAAAACUUUGGUCUCAUGGAUGAAGAGGAGCAGGAACAAGUGACACGUGCUGAAGAAGCUCCACCAUACAACCAACUGCCAGCAGAAGAAACAUGCUAUGCUCUUUUCACUGACGGUUCCUGCCGCAAUCAUUGGGAUGAAACGAAAGUGGAAAGCAGCUGUAUGGAGUCCCACAAGACAGGUUGCACAAGCCACUGAAGGAGAAGGUGGGUCAAGCCAACUCGCUGAGCUCAAAGCUGUUCAACUGGCCCUGGACAUUGCUGAAAGAGAGAAAUGGCCAAAGCUCUACCUCUACACUGAUUCGUGGAUGGUAGCCAAUGCUCUGUGGGGAUGGCUGGAGAAGUGGAAAAAAGCCAACUGGCAGCGUAGGGGAAAACCAAUCUGGGCUGCAGAUGAGUGGAAGGACAUUGCCACUCGGGUAGAGAAGCUACCUGUCAAAGUCCGCCAUGUAGAUGCCCAUGUCCCCAAGAGUCGGGCUAAUGAGGAGCACUGAAACAAUGAGCAGGUAGAUCAGGCUGCAAAGAUAGAGGUGUCAAAGAUAGACUUAGAUUGGCAACACAAGGGAGAGUUGUUCCUAGCUCGAUGGGCCCAUGAUGCCUCAGGCCAUCAGGGCAGAGAUGCCACCUAUAAGUGGGCCCGAGACCGAGGGGUAGAUCUAACCAUGGACAGUAUUUCUUAGGUUAUCCAUGACUGUGAGACGUGUGCUGCCAUCAAGCAGGCCAAGCGGGUGAAGCCCCUGUGGUAUGGCGGGCGAUGGUCCAAGUAUAAGUAUGGGGAAGCCUGGCAGAUUGACUACAUCACCCUUCCCCAAACCCGCCAAGGCAAGCGCUACGUGCUCACAAUGGUAGAGGCCACCACAGGAUGGCUGGAGACCUACCCUGUGCCUCACGCUACGGCCCGUAACACCAUUCUAGGCCUUGAAAAACAAGUUCUUUGGAGGCAUGGUACCCCCGAGAGAAUUGAGUCAGACAAUGGAACUCAUUUCAAAAACAGCCUCAUCAACAACUGGGCUAGGGAACAUGGCAUUGAGUGGGUGUACCAUAUCCCCUAUCAUGCACCAGCUUCAGGGAAAAUAGAAAGAUAUAAUGGACUGCUAAAAACCACCCUGAAAGCACUGGGUGGGGGAUCAUUCAAAAACUGGGAGCAGCAUCUAGCAAAGGCCACCUGGUUAGUUAACACCCGAGGUUCCACCAACAGAGCAGGCCCUGCCCAAUCUGAGUCCCUACAUACAGUAGAUGGAGAGAAAGUCCCAGUAGUACAUGUCAGAGGUUUGUUAGGGAAGACAGUUUGGAUCAAUUCUGCUUCAAGUACAGAGGAUCCCAUCCGUGGGAUUGUCUUUGCUGAGGGACCAGGCUGCACAUGGUGGGUAAUGCAGAAAGAUGGAACCACACGAUGUGUACCCCAGGGAGAUUUGAUUGUUGGGUGAGAACCGUGUGUAAUUAUCACUGUGUGCUGAAUGGUACUGCCACUGUAUGUAGCUGUAUAUUGCAUAUUGUUUUUAUAUAGAUGUAUGUGUGUGUAGAGCUGGAAUAUAUAUUAGUUUUAGUAAAUUGACAAUAUGGGGAUACAAGGGGUGGAAUGUCCUAGGGUAACUUUAUGAUGCCUGUAUCCCCAAUCGUCUGUUCUGUUUGUGCUGUCUAUUGAGUCCUGUGCCUUUAAGACUGGUUCUAAGGGCAAGGAGAAGCACGGAGUUUGUUUUGAGAAAACUGCCUGACUCCUCCACAUUCUUCUGCGGACAGCGUGUUCGGCGGAGGCUUGGAGAGACUGCAGGACAGAGAUUUUUUUUUCUUUGCUUUUAGUUAGUUUCAGCUAGCUAGGGCAGAGAAUUUCCCUGGACUGUUUUUUUUCCUUUUUCUUGGAACUGUUUAAACCUGCUCUGGACUGAAAACCCAGGGGAGCACUGGGGGCUGCACCUGCGGCCCACCGGGGCCUGGACCUCGGCAUUUUCCAGCAGCGCCGGAGAGACUGGGACUGAGGAGACACUGAGAGAGAGCCGAGCUAUACCCACGGCAAGGACUUUCUCAAUUUGCCAUCUCACUUCAGAAGGAGAGGUUUUAUUGUUUCAUACUAUUCAUUCUUUAUACUUGUAUGCACCUCAUUUGUUUAGUAAAAUAGUUUUUUCCACUUUUCUCCAAAGAGGGUUUUGGUUUUUUUUUCCGGACCGGUUGGAGGGAGGGGCCACGUGGGUUUGCUUCCUUAGAGGGAUCCUAUACAGGGGUUUUCUCCCAAAUUUGUCCCAAACCAGGACAAUUCCUUUCUUAUAUAUAAUUUUUUGUACACUGGAGCACAAUACUUGUGUAAAAAAUUCUCUCAUUCUGUGUUCACGGGCACCAGGAUAUAUUCACCUUCCAUAUGAAAUUAAUCUGCAUUAGAAAGUUCUUAUAUUUCACAACUAUGUAAAAUAAAAUGUUUACAUUUUUUAA